CUUUCCAAUUCUCCUUCCAUAAUAACCACCGCUCUCACAUCUCUCUCUCUCCCCCUCCCCCGUAAAGAAACGAGAAGAAGGAGAGCAAAUGAGUCGUCUUGCACCAUUAUCAGAAGAACCCAUAAACGAAGAUGAAGAGUACAGCACAAACUGUUCAAAGAAGAAAGUUCACUCAUGGAGAAACUGGCUCAAGACUCAUUUCCAUCUUGUUUUCAACAAAAGAUCUGACCUUAAAGUCCUCUUGAGUGUUCUUGGCUGCCCUCUCUUUCCUGUCUCCAUCCAUUCUAAAUCGCCCGUCAAUGAGGUAUCCUCCUCAGCUCAAUACAUUAUACAACACUUCACUGCAGCAACCGGGUGCCGAAAACUACAAGGCAAAGUGAAGAAUAUUUUUGCUACAGGAAAGGUUACAAUGGCCAUGGUUGAUGAGCUUGGUGGCUCAGCUAUGGCUGGAGUCACUACAGCUGCACAAAAAGGGUGCUUUGUAAUGUGGCAAAUGGCCCCUAACAAGUGGCUAAUUGAGCUGGUCGUUGAUGGCCAUAAAGUUGUAGCUGGUAGUGAUGGCAAUGUGGCCUGGCGCCAUACUCCUUGGCUUGGCUCUCAUGCUGCGAAAGGUGGAGUUCGGCCUCUACGCCGAGCGCUUCAGGGACUAGAUCCUAUGGCCAUAUCAGCUGUAUUCUCUCCAUCACAAUACAUGGGAGAGAAGUGUAUCUCAGGCAUGGAUUGUUUUGUACUGAAAUUGUCUGCUGAUCAAGCAGACCUUGCUGACCGAAGCGAUAGCACAGCAGAGAUGAUCAAGCACGCAAUAUUUGGCUACUUUAGCCAAAAAAAUGGCCUCCUGGUGUAUCUAGAAGACUCGUACUUAACCAGAAUUCAGUCUCCAGGAACCUACCCCACAUACUGGGAAACCACAAUGGCAACAAAAAUAGAAGACUAUCGGGCAGUGGAGGGUGUGAUGAUAGCACAUGGUGGUCAAUCAAGUGUAAUGAUCUCAAGGUUUGGGGAUAACUUGAAGGAAGGUCUUUCGAUCACACGGAUGGAGGAGACAUGGACAAUCGAUGAUCUUGCAUUUGAUGUACCUGGACUCUCCAUGGACUGUUUCAUUCCUCCUAAAGAAGUUCAGAAGGAUUAUCCGGAGGAGAAUCUUGAUUGGAGAUCGCCAUUACAAUGAUGAUCAUCAUCUUUUACGCCAUGGCAGAGCCAAAUACUCCUGCAAGUGUGGUUUAUAUAUACUCUUUAACUCCGACUAGCAUAGCAGAGAUGAUUUUUACUAUGUGUGUAAAUACAUAACGUGUAACGUACUUUUAAAGCACACGUUUUGUUUCCUUGAAGGAGAACUCGAUAUCCAGGUCCACCGGUAAUGAAUGUUCUUGUCACGCAGACUGUAAGUCACACCAACAAUUGUAUACAUAUUUGCUCGACGGAGAGUCCUCGUUUUUUUUU